CGGGAAGCGGAUAACUUGCUGGUAAGCGGCUAACGGGUCACUUCUAGGGGAUAAUAGAUCGCCGACUGGUGUCCCGAAGAAUCAUCAGACAACUGAUCGAUUCUCAUGGCAGCGCGGAAACUCGCAGCUCUCUUCGCCGCGAUCUUACAACUUUGCUUAUGCCAAAUCACCCCGGAAGUGUUACCCGAGUUCUUAGCUCCUUUGGAAAAUCACACGGUGAUCCAAGGUCGCGACGUCUUCUUCACCUGCGUCGUUAAUCAUCUGCAGUCUUACAAGGUAGCCUGGAUAAAGUCGGAUUCCCGAGCGAUACUGGCGAUACACACGCACAUGGUGGCGCACAAUUCCCGGCUGUCAGUCACGCACAACGGUCACAACACAUGGAAACUGCACGUGGCGAACGUUCAGAAGAACGAUUCUGGCACGUACAUGUGCCAAGUCAACACUGACCCCAUGCGUAGUCAGAUGGGAUACAUGGAAGUAGUGAUACCGCCCGACAUAAUGGACGACGAGUCCUCAGAUGGCAUGGUUACCCACGAGGGCGGCAAUAUAAGGCUGCGAUGCGUCGCUACCGGGUCGCCGAAACCGACCGUCACCUGGAAACGGGAGGACGGCCGCAACAUCAUUCUGCGCGAGGACGGGCAGAAACAAUCUAUGAAGAAUUUCCUCGGCGAGACGCUGGAACUAAUGGGGGUGCUUCGACAAGAGAUGGGCACGUAUCUCUGCAUAGCCAGCAACAAUGUGCCGCCGACGGUCAGCAAGCGUUAUUCCGUCGAUGUUCACUUUCAACCUCUUAUUAAGGUGACAAAUCAAUUGGUGGCUGCGCCGGUUAAUAGCGACGUCGUGCUGCAAUGCUACGUCGAAGCAUCCCCGCACGCCAUGAAUACCUGGUACAAAGAUCCAGACGAGAAACUGCUGCCGAAUGACAAGUACGCGAUGUCGGAGUACGCGCUGAGCGAUUACUCCUGGCAAAUGAAUCUCACUGUCAAUUCCCUGGAAAAACGGGACUUCGGCGGAUACGUGUGCUCGUCCGUCAACGCGCUCGGAAGGGCCGAUGGCGUGGUGCGAUUGCAAGAACUGCACCUGUUCGCGAAGACGACGCCGACGACGCUGACGAAGAACACCGACCUCAGGCCGCGAAAGAAGCCGAUAACGAAGGGUAAGAAGAAGAGCAACAGCAACAACGGUAGACGAGGGCACGCGGGCGGCCUCGAGGAGACCGACUCGAUCGGCGGCGACGAUGACCUCGGUACCACGCAGAUCAUGUCGGGUAGCACUCUCCAGGAGGGCCAGAGGACGGACAGGCCCCUCGUUGUGCCUUCCUUGUCGCCGCCCUGGGUCAUCCUGAACGCCGCGAACUUCAGGCAUCCGUCGGUCUCCACCACGGCGAUCCUGCUCUUGCUCCUUCUGCCGACCACUUUGUAA